AUGUGUGUUGGUUCGCAGUUGUCUGUACAGAGCUGGCUCGCUAUCGCCGGCAUUCAAUUUUCGCUUCUCAGCUCCAUACUACUGCCCCGUAUAUCAUCGAUAGCACUUUCCAAGUGUUUUACAAAAACUGCCGAAACCACAGGAAUGCGACUAGAUUGUCUGCUUAAUUCUCUCUCGUCAGCCCCGCUCUCCGCUCAACUCCGGGGGUCGAAGAAGGCCAUCCUCCUCCGAUGUCUAGCGUUUCUGCUCGCAGCACUCGUGAGCAUUCUUUACAAGUUCUCUUUCGUUAAUGUUAAUGCAGGAGGCAUGCUUGCAAUUCCGAAAGGGGAUACCUACUACAAUUACAACUCGGACGGCUAUCCUGAUGCCGACACCAGCUAUACUGAAAUCGGCGAGUCGGACAUGCCUCGGGAGUACAACUAUGCUUUGGGAGACGGGGUCCCGUCCAACGUACUCUCGGCAAACCUCAUUGACUUCAUUUCUGUCAACAAUGGGUCCGUGAUGGUCGUGAGCGACCCGGGCAAGGCCUUUGAGCAUAGGCAAACCACGGAUCUAAUCGUAGGCCCAAAGGUGAAUGCGACAAGACUCACAAGAGUCAUCAAUGGGACUGUUCAGUCAUGUAACCCCUUACUAUACCUUCGAAGCUCGUUCCAUGUCCUGCGCGCAAUUGGCGACUUUGAGGCUAUCAAGUGGCUUCUUGUUGAAUCAACGCCAUAUAACAACGGGGUACGAAUCGACUAUACGCCCUGGAACUCAACCACCUUUGAUGGGGGCAUCAUGGACAUUACCUCCUUGACCAAUGGAUCCAUACAGGCUUGGAUCGUCGGGCAUCCACUUGCCUCCCAGCGACAAGCGGGCAAUGAGGGCAUCUACGACUACCGAGUUAUCGUCGAUAUGCGAUACUGUUAUGGUUAUAUCAGCUGGUCAAACUCGGUUACUUAUGGUCAUUUUGCAAUAGAGGAGCCAACUGAUAUUCAAUGUCACAUUAACCCUUUCAAUGUGGCUACUUGGAACAAGACAAAGUGGGCAUUCAACGCAAGAACUUUCAUGCAGGCAGCCCUUGCUGGAAAGACGAUUGACGACAGUUUCUGGAUAACUGCGCUGCCCUUGAUUCCGAUUGUUAAUGAUCACUCGUCUAUCCACAGAGAUUUUCGCCCCCCGACAACGCGGAAUCCACGGUGUAGCACCAUCGCUUUAGACUCAUUUGCAACUUCUGAGGGUGUAAUAAGGGCUUCGAAGACCGGCAUGGCGGCUCUAGGAAUGGCACUACAGGGGCUGGUAAUCGUGGCGGCCAUUGUGGCCCUAUGCUUGAUUAUCUGGCCAAGGCUCCCACUACUUACAGAGUGGCCUGCACAGUGGCUUGCAUUGGCAGAAGGUUUAGAUCAUGCUGUAGUAAAGGAAGCAGUGAAAGGAGGGGUAACAGCGUCUAGUGUUGAGUCUAGCGCUGUCGUCAUAGUCGUCUUGGCGCGUUGGCUUGGCCAGCACGACUGUGUCGGGAGAAGACAUAGUGUGGUCUUCAUGAACAUUUGA